AUGUCGAACGCGGACCAGGAGAUCCUGGCAAACAAGAUGAUCAACGAGGAGUACAAGAUAUGGAAGAAGAACGCCGUGUUUCUCUACGACAUCAUGUACAGUCGCGCGUUGGAAUGGCCCACGCUCACCACACAGUGGCUGCCUGAUGUCCAAGAGGUGCCUGGUAAGGCCUUCCGCACCCAUCGUCUACUCCUCGGCACCCACACCUCCGGUGCAUCCACCGAUUAUCUCCAAAUUGCGCACGUGAACCUCCCCAACCCUCCCGCCGCCAGCCUCGCAGACUACAAUCCUGCCACGGAAGAACUGGGCGGUCAUGGCGCAGCCAAAGAGCCCAUCAACUUCAGCAUCGUACAAAAAAUCAUCCACCCCGGCGAAGUGAACAAGGCGCGGUAUCAACCACAGAACCCUAACAUCAUCGCUACAUGGGCAGCGGAUAGGAACGUGUACAUUUGGGAUCGGUCAAAACAUCAGUCCGUUCCAAAGGACACUUCCACUCCUCAGGCGACUCUGAAGGGUCACAAAGGGGAGGGCUUCGCGCUCGAGUGGAACCCCUUCACCGAAGGCCAACUCCUCUCUGGCUCCGAAGAUCAGACGGUCCGCUUGUGGGAUCUUCAGCGCGACUUUGACCUCAACAACAAGACCAUCUCACCUGCGCGCACAUUCACCCACCACUCUGCGACUGUCAACGACGUGCAAUUCCAUCCCGCACAUGGCAAGAACCUCUUCGGUUCGGUAUCAGACGACCUCACCAUGCAGCUCAUGGAUCUCCGUCGGAGCAACAAUUCUCAACCCGCCAUCAUCUUCAAGAAUGCACACCAAGACGCCAUCAAUACUCUUGCCUUCCACCCCACCCUCGACAAACUCUUCGCCACCGGUUCCGCAGACAAAACCAUCGGCGUCUUCGACCUACGCUUCCCCGACCACGGCAAGAUCCACAGUCUCGAGGGCCACAAGGACGUCAUCAGCAGCGUCUCCUGGCACCCAUCCGACUCCUCCAUCCUCGCGUCCAGCUCCGAAGACCGCAGAAUCAUCUUCUGGGAUCUAUCAAAGGCAGGCGCCGAGCAGACGCCGGAAGACGCUGAGGAUGGCCCACCGGAGAUGCUCUUCAUGCACGGCGGACACACGAACCGAGUCAGCGAUUUCACGUGGAACAAGAACGACCCCUGGGUCAUGUGCUCUGCGGGAGAGGAUAACCUGAUCCAAAUUUGGCGGGCUAGUCGACAUCUUGUGGAGCGCGCGCCGGCGAAUGUGACGAGGAGGGAAGUCAGUGAGUCUUAG